AUGAACGCGAGUGCACUUCUCACAGCCCAAGGCUGGAGAGGCAAAGGCCACUCGCUGCACAAGACAGACGACGCUGUCGGCCUGGCCAAGCCGCUACUGCUCAACCGCAAAGAUAACACGAGAGGCAUUGGUGCCACGCAGCAUUUUACCAGCGACCAAUGGUGGAUGAAUGCCUUUGACGAGCAGCUUCAAGGCCUCGACACCUCGAAAAAGGGCAAGGUCGUGCAAACCAUCACCACCGGCAAGCUCAACGCGAUCGAGAAGGGAUCGCUUGGCAAAUACUCGCUCUACGCAACGUUUGUGCGCGGUGGCUUUCUGCAGGGCACAAUAGAAGCCCUGAACAAGCAAAAAGACGACAUGGACGAAUUGACCACCGACUCCGACUUCGAAACAGCUGAGAAGAAAACCAAAAAGACUGCGCGGCCCAAGGAGUCCAGGGAGGAGCGCAGGGCGCGCAAAGAAGCCAAGCGCAAGCGGAGAGAAGAAAAGGCUCAACGAAAGCUGGCGCGCGACUCGAAGAAGUCUAGCUCGAAAUCCGACUCAAGCGACGAUGCGGCCGAAGAAAAGCGACGCCGCCGCGCGCGCAAAGAGGAAAAAAGACGACUGCGCAAGGAAGAGGCAGUACAAUAG